UGUGUGUUCACUUUUAGCUCUCAGUUGCCUUGUCUAACUUGCUUCACACUUCCAAGAAGUCUCGUGACGCAGCUAUUUCCCGUAUUCAGUCCUCCCCCGCUCGUGCUCAGCCGGGCCAGUAGCGCCGUCGCUCUGCUUCUACUUGUAUACAAAAUAAUACGAAGUUAUAUGAAAUUAAAUCUACAUUCCUGUCGAGUUAUGGACCUGCGGUAAAAGAGAUUCUCCACGGUGUUUGUCCAGGUGUCCUCAGAUGGAUUGACUUAAAGCUGUAAGAUGAUGGAGGGCACUGGGCUGAGAGGAAGAUGGGACAGAAAAGCUCCUGUUGGCACAAUACUGCUCCCAAUGUGCAUGUUCCUCACCGCUUUCACAUUGGUCUCAGAGGCCAAGACGUGUCCAGCUGGGGAUUAUGACAAUGACAACGGGGUCUGUUGCAACAAAUGCCUUCCAGGUUUUAAGCUUGUAGAAAAGUGUCAUUUUAAUAAUACAAGGAGUAUCUGCGAGCAAUGUCCCAAAAGACAGUACACCGACCAGGAGAACUACUCCCACAACUGCAGGAGCUGCAGAAUCUGCAAAGCAUCAAAUCACGAUGUGGAGAUAUCCCCAUGUAAAGCAGGCAGAAACACAGUUUGUCGCUGUGAGGACGGUUACUACAAGCUCAACAUCGACUCGGAGAAAUACGAGUGUCGCAAAUGUUCAUCAUGUAAACCGAAUGAGAUUGAGAAACGGACAUGUACACCAGAGGACAACACAGUGUGUGAAUGUAAAGAGAAGUACUACAAAGUCAAAGGCACAUGUGAACCCUGCAAGACUUGUACGCCUGAGUGCCAACACCACUGUUUGCCAAUUACUACAGAAACAAAAGCUCCUGAUCACAGAAAUGAUCAUCUCAUCAACAUAAUCGUUGCCGUUGCAGUGGGGUCACUGGUAUCGAUGGGGCUGGUGUUUCUCGUCACCUACAUGGUCACAAAACGCUCUAUCAAGAAGAAGAUGCAGAAGAAAACCAGCCAGGAAUCGGACCCUUGCCCGGAGUCAGGCGAGCAAUUCCUGACCCUCAUUGAGUCUGCAGAUAUCCAGAGUGAUAAGGCUCUUCCUCUAAGUGCUGUGAGUGACCAGGAGCCGCCCAAUCUGCCCGACUGCGUCCCACUGGAAGUCAAGAUCCCUGAGCUGAUCUACACGGUGCUGGAUCUGGUUCCCGUGCUGCAGGUGAAGCAGCUGGUGCGAACCCUAGGUGUGACGGACACAGAGAUCGAACAGGCGGAGGUGGACCACAGAUCCUGCCGCGAGGCCCACUACCAGAUGCUGAGGGUUUGGGCGGAGAAAGGGGCUCGUUCAGGAGGAGGAGGAGGAAGAGGAACAAUGCUGCACUGGCCCUUGUUGCAGGAGCUGUUGGACCAACUGAGGGAGAUGCACCUGGGCCGGGCCGCCGAGGAGCUGGAGACAAAGUACGGCAUUCAGUAAAUCUGCAACGCGUGCCAAGUGGAACAUGAAGCUCAUGAAACCAAGUAUUGUACCCUCUAGAGCCUCAAAGCAUUCGAGCUGAAACGGUGCUACCACCAGCAGCAGCAGGUUCAUCACACACACCAGCUUCACUGAGCACUCUACCUCUUGCCUCACAUGUGAGAGGACAAGGUCAAACUACUGAGAGACAGAUGGACAAAUGUGUCAGGAGGGGAGACUCAUUGACUCUUUUUGCACAGAUUAAUUCUGCCUUAAAUUUGAAAGAAAAACGUUUAGCCCUGUACAUUUUUUAAAAGGUAUUUUGGAGCUUUUUGGAUUUUUGCGUCAAAUUAGAAGAUUGUUAACACUCUCGUCUUCUCGUUCUAGAAGCUAGAAGCCGUUAGCUUAGCAUAAAGACUGUAAAUGGGUAUAUUGCUAGCUUAGGUCUGCCCUAUGCUAACAACAUCCACCUACCAACUCCGUUAAUGCUACAGGCUACAAUUCUGUCUACAUUUCUUUUUUAUUUAAUCUGAUGAAAAUCCAAAGGGGAAAAUGUGAAAACGUGCUGUUUUUCUGAGGUUUUAUUGCAUAACACUGGACUACAUCUGGUCUGGGAGCAGUAGCUGUCUCAAUUCAAGAUUCAAAGGUUUAUUGUCCUAACAUAUACACAACUACGGUGUCGUUAUGAAAUGUUUGAAAAUCUCGGAUCACAGGUUCCUCAACAGUGCAAUAACAAGACAUCAGAAGAAAGUCUUAUGUGGGAUGAAACUGUCCCUGGGUCUGGUGGUGUUAGUCCUGAUGCAGCAGACAGAACAGUUUGUGGCUGGGGUGAUGGGGGUCUUUGAUAACCCUGAGGGCUUUCUUCCCGAGCCGCUGGGAGUAAGGGUCCUCCAUGGAUGGCAGCUCCGUCCUGGUGAUGUGCUGUGCAGUUUUCACCACCCUCUGUAAAGGUUACGGUUGAUGGCGUUGCAACGGUCAGGAUCCUCUCUAUGGCGCACCUGUAGAAUCUGGCACCUAUAGUACUCUCUGCCACAAAGUUAAAAUGUGUAUUAUUCAGUGAUGCGUCCUAAAACCCGGAAGUAAACUCCUUCCGGUUCCCUUUGAACAGUUUGCAGGAGGCAGCUACUUGCUUUCAAGCAGAACAGGGCAAACAAACGUAGAGGAGUGUUUACGUGUUCGGUGUAAUGACGUAAGACGGCCUGGACAACUUCUGUAGUCCUAUUCAGCCACUUAGUAACAACCAUCGUUUUUCAGACACGUAAACUCUUCAAA